AUAGGACCUACAGAGAACGGUCAAAACAUGUGAAGAUAAGACAAAAGGCCAUAAAACUGUCCAAAAGUUCUUUUAUAAGAAGCACUGAUUGGACCUCACAGCACUGAGAGAAAUGCGGGUGACGAGUCAGUAAAGACAAGAUCAACACAUGAAAGCAACUCUUAGGAGAUUUUUGGCAAGAUGAGAACAUUACUCUUGCUGGUUCUCACCAUAACAGCUUCUGUAGCUUCUGCCAGUCCACCAGUUCAGGAUGAAAAGCUUCCUGAUCAAGUAGUGAAGGUGCCAGCGGUUGAAAAAGAUCCAGCGGCAGAGCACACAGAAGUAGAGCAAGGUCCUCUGAUGCAGGAUGAAGCUGUUGCAGAUUCACGUAUGCUGGAGCCUGAUUCAGUGCUGCUGGGGCCAGAGACAACAGAGGAACACACAGUACCAGAAGAGAUGCUGGAGGAACCCAUGCUCGAGGCAGAUUACCUGAUUGAAGAGAUGCCAGAGACAGAACUAGAGCCUGAGACAGAGCCAGAAAAAACUGUCAUUCAGAUGGACAGUAAGAUCACACCUGUGGAGGAAUCUGUACUACAGUUAGAGUCUGAAACUAAUGUAGAUGUGGAAGAUGGAAAAAAAGAAAAUGCAGAAAAGGAGGAGCCUACACUUGAGGCUGAAUAUAUAGUGGUUGAAGAUCCAGAAAUACAAUUGGAACUUGUGAGGGAAAGACGAAGGACACCGAUUGGGAGAUGGACUUGUGGAGGAGUUGUCCUACAGGGCAAAUGUUACCAGUACUUCACCAGAAACCUUGAUGCCUAUACUGCUGAGUUACACUGUCAAUCUAUCUGCCCCAAUGGCCACCUGGCUUCUGUGACAAGCAGCUACAUUCGUGACGGAAUGGGAAAGUUAAUGGAGCAGUAUGGCGGGGGCAUUCGCGCAUGGCUUGGAGGACGAAGAGUCAUUGGUACAAAUAAUUUCGUUUGGUUGGAUGGAACGCAGUGGAGCUAUAAUGGCUGGGCUUUUGGAGAGCCCAAUAAUGCUGGUGGGAUGGAGAACUGUGUGGAGACAUGGAAUGAUCUGGCGUUCAGGGAUGUACCAUGCACAAUACCCAAACCGUUCCUCUGUUCCUGUCCAGUUUAGACAGCGAGAAGGUUCACCUAACCUGCUAUUCAGUAACAUUUCUGAAAAAAAGUGUAAAUAAUAAUAAUUAAUACUACUGCUUUUUUUUUUUUUUUUUUUUGGAAAAUUAAUAUAUAAGGGGUAUUCAGUAAUCAACCAUUUUUAUUCUUGCCUUUUUUAUGAAAAAACAAUAUUAGUAAAAUUUUUAUUUAAAAAAACAAUUGAUUAAUUUAGUUUGGUUAACAUAGCAUUAAGUUGUUGUAAACAAUUUGUUUAAUAGCUAAAACACUUCUACUGAAAAUGAUAUUAAAUAAAAGUUAAUCUUAUUGUCAUUAAA